AUGUGGAAGAUAAGCUACCGUGAUUCCAAGUAUGACUUGCUGUGUAAAGAAGACUUUAUUGAACUCAAAGACAUAUUCUCUGUGAAACUAAAACGGCGUUGUUCUGUUAAACAGCAGAGCGGUGGCACUUUGUUAGGCAUCACACUCUUCAUCUGUUUGAAAAAGAAGCGAAAUAAACUAAAGGAUUCUACACUUGAUCUUAUUAAUUUAAGUGAAGACCACUGUGACUUAUGGUUUAGACAAAUCAAGAAAAUAUUGGCAGGUUUUUCAAAUAGACCAAAGUCAUUAAAAGUACUCCUUAACCCCCAAAGUCACAAGAAAGAAGCUACUCAGGUCUAUUAUGAGAAAGUCGAACCUCUGCUGAAGCUUGCAGGAAUAAAAACUGAUGUAACAAUUACAGAAUAUGAAGGGCAUGCUCUGUCACUGCUGAAGGAAUGUGAACUCCAGGGAUUCGAUGGUGUUGUCUGUGUUGGUGGAGACGGAUCUGCUAGUGAAGCAGCCCAUGCUUUGCUUCUCAGAGCCCAGAAGAAUGCUGGGAUGGAAACAGACCAAAUCCUGACUCCUGUCAGAGCACAGCUUCCACUUGGUUUAAUACCAGCAGGAUCUACUAAUGUAUUGGCACAUUCUUUUCAUGGAAUCCCUCACGUGGUAACUGCAACUUUGCACAUUAUAAUGGGACACAUACAGCUAGUUGAUGUCUGCACCUUUAGCACCACUGGCAAAUUGCUUCGCUUUGGGUUCUCAGCCAUGUUUGGCUUUGGUGGGAGAGCUUUGGCUCUGGCGGAAAAACAUCGAUGGAUGUCCCCUAACCAACGGAGAGAUUUUGCUAUGAUCAAGGCACUGGCAAAACUUAAGCCAGAGGACUGUGAAAUAUCAUUUUUACCAUUUAAUAGCUCUGAGGAUGUACAAGAAAGGAGGGUACAGGGAUCUCCCAAAUCUGACUGUAAUGAUCAAUGGCAAAUGAUCCGGGGUCAGUUCUUGAAUGUCAGCAUUAUGGCAAUACCUUGCCUGUGUUCAGUGGCACCUAGAGGCUUGGCAUCUAAUACCAGAUUAAAUAAUGGAAGUAUGGAUCUUAUAAUUGCAUGAAACACUUCUCGACCAGAAUUUAUAAAACACUUGAAAAGAUAUGUUAGUGUAAAAGAUCAGUUCAAUUUUCCAUUUGUUGAGACUUACACUGUUGAGGAAGUAAAGGUCAAUCUGAGAAAUAACGCCAGUGGAUACAACCCAGAAGAGCAGGUUGAAGCUCAUGAAACUGCUUCAGAAAACACUUUCCCUUGGAAUGUAGAUGGUGAUUUAAUGGAAGUUGCAUCAGAGGUCCACGUCAGAUUGCAUCCAAGACUUAUCAGUCUUUAUGGAGGAAGCACAGAAGAAAUUAGUGAUUCCAAAGUAACAUGUAAUUGUUUGUAAAAGAAAUAUUCAAACUAGAAUUUUAAUAUAA